ACACGUUUGUUAUUUGGCGCGACAGCAGUUGGCGGCAGCGGCAAGUCGCAGGCGUUUGACGUAAGCGUGAACGUAAACGUAGACGUUUAACGUGCACGCGCGCGCGUUCGUUAUAUUUUUGUCGGCAUGCGGUGAACGUGAAUGCGUGAAUGUGGCGUUACAAUUAUAACGGUACAAAGAAAUCGCACAAGAUAUUUCAAGGCACACAGCGUGAUUAUUGUUUAUUGUCUGCAUAUAUGAGUGUGUGUGUGUGUGUGUGUGUGUGUGUGUGUGAGUGUGAUUGUAUGUGAAUGAGUGAGUGUGUGCAUGCUUAUGUGCAAGUGUAAAGUGCUAAAGUGAAGUGCUCUUCAAACUGUAACAGCAGCCCAUACUUAAAUACUUGUACUAUAUGCAACAACUGGAUACGGAUACGCGCGUCUCGCUUUAAGUACAAAGCAAACCACCAAACAGCAGUCAACCAGCCAGCCAGCUAGGCAGCUAGGCCAGCGGGAGAGACAGACAGACAACAUGCACCUGUACCUGGCGCUGAUCUCGUGCCUGGUCUGCACCGCCCACUGUUGGCAGUUCGAUGGCGGAGGCGCGGCUGCGGUGGGUCAGAGGUUGCAUCGCAGUGCCCGGAAUACGGCCCGCGCCCUGGCACGUGGUCCGCCGCCGGCAAGAGGAUCAGCUGCGCUGCUUGGCAGCCAGCAGCAGGAUGUGCUCUAUGCGUGUCCACUCAACUCGAUGUGCCAAUGCGCUGGCUUGCCCAACGAGACGUCCACCCUGAUUGAGAUUAAUUGCAACGAGGUGGCCCUCUACAAGUUUCCAGAAUUCAUACACAGCAGCGUGCGAUAUAUCGAAAUGUCGAACACGCAUCUGCAGAGCGUCGACGAUGAAACGUUUCAGGGCCUGCGGCUGAAGACGCUGAAGCUAAUCGACAACGAGCUGCAGGACAUAUCGGAGCGCAGUUUCAGCACCAUGACGUACUCUUUAAUGACACUGGACAUCUCCGGCAACAAGAUGCAGCAGCUGCCACUGGAGGCACUGCAGCGACUGCACUCACUCACACGUCUUGUGGCACAACGCAAUCACAUAACCAGCUUGGAUGGCAACUGGGAGGCGCUGCACGAUACUCUGCGUUCGCUACAUUUGUCAGGGAAUGACAUUACGGAGGUGUCGCCAGGUGGCGCUUUAGACUCGUCCCUAGGUCCGGGCGACAACAGUUCGCAGCCGAGCAGCUUGGCUGCCGUGCAGAACCGCGCGGAAUCGGGCAAUGCGCUGCAUGCGGCUGGAACGGGUGGAAUGGAACGUGCGGGCAGUGGUCGUCCGUUCGAGCAGCUGCAGAAGCUGCUGUGGCUCGAUCUGUCCAAUAAUCGCAUCACUCACGUGGCAGCCAACUACUUGCCCCGCUCGCUGGUGACCAUGGACUUGUCCAGCAAUCUGCUGAGCGUCUUUCCGCAUCAGCUGUUCGAGCACCUGCCGGAGCUGCGCAUCGUCAGCCUGCGGGACAAUUUGCUGCGCAGCGUCCAGUGGAAGGAGCUGCAGCAGCGGCCGCUGCGCAUGCACCUGGAGAAGCUCGACCUGGGGCAGAACUGCAUUGAGCAGCUGGAGUCGGAUUACUUUCAGCAAAACUAUUCGGAUGUGCACAUCCGUGCGCUAAACAUGGAGCAGAACUACAUCGCUCACCUGCCCGCUGAGGUGUUCAAGGACACGGGCAUUGUGCACCUUGUGCUGGCCUUCAAUGCCAUCAGUCGAGUGCACCCGGCCGCCUUUGAUGGUCUCACGGACACACUGGAGUAUCUGGACCUCGAGCGAAAUCAUCUGACUACAGUGCCUGUGGCUAUAUCUACGCUGCAUCGCUUAAGAUAUUUGUAUCUGACCUCCAACCAUAUCAAUCAGCUGAACAACUUGCCCACCUUCACCGAGAAUCUCAAAGUGCUCAGCCUGAGUGGCAACAAUUUCACGAUGAUUCCCGUUCUCGGACUGAAGAACUACACACAGCUGUCCUAUCUGAAUAUUGGCUACAAUUCUAUAGCCGACAUACCCGAGGGCAUCUUUGCCGUGGACGGUUGGGGGGCCAAUUUGCAGACGAUACUUCUCAGGAACAAUAAGAUAACGCAUUUGCAUCUCGGCUCGUUUGCGGGCCUGGAGCAGAUACAGGAGAUCAGCUUGAGCUUCAACGACAUCACCAUACACCAUCCUCUGGUGUUUGAGAAUGUCUCGCAUACGCUGAAAAUACUGGAGCUCUCGUUUGCCGUAUUUCCCGCCAGGAGCUUGGAGUCGCUGGAUCCAUUGGAUGCUCUGCUGCCGCUCUCGCAGCUCAUUUGGCUCGGCCUGGACAAUAACAAUUUGAAGAGCAUUUCGAACGAAUCGUUUGCCCAGAUGCGCGAGCUGAGCUAUAUCAAUCUGAGCUUCAAUCAGCUGAAGGCACUGCCCCAGGGCCUCUUCCUGCCGGAUGCGCACAGCCAUCUGGUGGAGAUUGAGCUCUCCUACAAUGCCUUGGAGCGCCUGGAGCCGCAAACGUUUCACAAUUUGGGCGACCUGCAGACGCUGAAUCUGCAAUCGAAUCGCUUGCGCAGCAUUGCACGUCAUGCAUUUUACAAUCUGGAAUUCCUGCGCUACAUAGACCUCUCGUACAAUCGCCUGAGCAACAUUUCCCAUGCCGCCUUCACUGUCCUGCCCAACCUGGCGGCCUUGGAUCUGAUGCAUAAUCAGCUCUGCUCGCUAUCCUUGAAGGCCUUUCACUACGUCUCGAAUGCCACCACGCCGCUGCGGCUCAAUCUGAGCCACAAUCACAUCUCGCAUUUUGACGAUGAGCUGAGCAGCUAUAUGUACAUAUACCAGCUGGACAUCAGCCACAAUCACGUGGCCAAGUCGGAUAGCUUCACCAACUUGGCCAACACGCUGCGCUUCCUCAACCUGGCCCACAACAUGUUAGGCGCGCUGCAGAGCCACGCCUUCGGCGACCUUGAAUUCCUGGAGAUUCUCAAUCUGUCGCACAACAAUCUCAGCUCGCUGCGACGUCGCAGCUUUCAGGGCCUGAACAGUCUCCAGGAGCUGGACCUCAGCCACAAUCAGCUGGAUCAGCUGCAGGUGGAACAGUUCUCAAAUUUACGCAAAUUGCGAAUUCUGCGCAUCUGCUCGAAUCGGUUGCGCGCUCUGCCGCGCGAGGUGUUCAUGAACACACGUCUGGAGUUUCUGGACAUAUCCGAUAAUCAGCUGAGCAUCUGGCCCGUCCCCGCCUUCACGGACAUCGGGUUCACGCUGCGCUCCAUUCAGAUGUCGCACAACAAUCUGGAGUAUCUGGACGCCUCGAUGUUUGUCAACUCACAGUUCCUUUACGACAUAAGUUUGGCCCGCAAUCGCAUCACCAUACUGCCGGAUAACACAUUUAGUUUCCUCAAUAAUCUGACCAAUCUGGAUCUCUCCGAGAAUCCGCUCGUCACGACCAAUUUGCGAGAGGUGUUCGUGCACACGCCGCGCGUCCGCAAGCUAAUACUCCAUCACAUGGGGCUCUAUGUGCUGCCGGUGCUGAAGCUGCCGCUGCUCUCCUAUCUGGACGUCAGCGGCAACUAUUUGCAGGAGCUGUCGCCGCUCGGCGGGCUGCGGCAUCUGCGGCAUGUCAACGUCUCCCACAACAAGCUGGUGAAUGCCAGCUGCGCUGUGGAGCACUUGCCGCCCUCCGUGCGGGUGCUGGAUCUCGCGCACAAUCCGCUGCGCCGCAUCACGUUGCACGAUCUGCUCAGCCUGCGCCACUUGUCCGAGCUGAGUCUGCUUGACGUGAAGGUGGCCAAUCCGCAGGCCUUCGCCAAGCUGCGCUCGCUCCGCAAACUCCAUGCCAGCUCUCAUGCGAAUCUGGGCGAGCUGGUGGCCCGGCUGCCGGGACUACAGGAACUGCGCGUCCACUGCCUGGAGCCCAACAUUGGUGGGCAGCUGCUGGCCAAGCUGGCCAACAACACGAAGCUGCAGCUGCUGGAGCUCUAUGGCAGCAAUGUGCAGACCAUUUCGCCCGACGCCCUCGCUGGGCUCGCGCGUAAUCAGCGGCUGCGCGUGAAGAUCUCGCACACGCGCAUCUCCGAUCUGCCGCCAGGCAUAUUCUAUACGCUGCGCAAGGUGCCCCACCUGUCCAUCGACAUCUCGCACAAUCGCAUCAAUGCGCUGGCCGCCGACAGCUUCUACCCCAACAAGAGCUACUGGGAUGCGGUGGGCACGCGCAGCAUCAUGGGCGGCCUCAACACCGCCCACAAUCCCCUCGAGUGCGAGUGCGGUCUGGUUUGGUUCGGGCAUUGGCUGCGCCGCUGGCUGCGGGAGUCGGCGCAGAUCAAGGUCAUCCAGAAGGAUGAUCUCAAGCGCAUGGUGCAGCUACCCCUAUCGGUUGCCGAUAUGCGCCGUGCGCGUGCCAAUACCUGCCACGAUCCCACAUCGGGUCGCCAUUUGCCCAUACUGGAGAUCUUUCCGGAGGAUCUGCUGUGCCAGGCGAGUGCGCUGAGUAGCUCCGGUCAGCGCAUCUUUCUGCUAUCCUUUGCGGCGGCGUUAUCGCUGCCACUGUUCACCAUAUCCCUUUGAUGUUGGCUCUAGUCGCUGCUGGAACUGGCCGAAUGAGGCGCCUGUUGGAUAAAAUAAUGCUAUAUAUGUAUAAUAAUGUAUAUAAA